AUGGAGCAGUAUGCCGAAUCCGAUACCCAGUUAGGGUUUCAGUAUCAGCCACUGUCUUCCUCUUCUUCUUCUAAUAACAAUGGUGAUCCCGAUCCUGAAACUUCUGAUCUCGGUCAUGGGGCGGUCGAGAAGGAGAAGGAAGAGGAGGUAAGCGGAGCUUCUAUUCAUCAGGAGCUUGCGAGGUUGGAAUUGAAGGAGAACGAGGAAGAUCCAGUUUUGAAACUGGAUUUGGAGGAGAAGAAAGAAGAAAAAGAAGAAGAGAAGGAUGAGGAAAAGGUUGUUGACAGGUAUUUGAGUGGAAAAGAAAUGGAGAGCCAGAAUGGAAGUGAUAGGGCUUUCAAACGAGAGGAGAUUGCAAACAAGUUCCACAGCGUGACAGCAUUGUGUGAGAUUCCAUACAAGAAAUUAGCUAUAUCUGACGAAGUUCGGGAACAGAUUGAACUCGUGCAUUCCCAAUUCAGAAGAGAAAAAGAGAGAACAGAAUCACUUGACUCGCAGCUGGAUCAGGAUUUAAUCAUGGCAGAGAAAGAAGAUGACCCUGACCCUGUAAUUCUGAAAAGACUUACAGACAAGCUGCAUCUCAUGAUGAUCAAUGACCUUAAAAGAGAGUCAGUUGCUUUCCAUGAAAUGUUUAUCACAAGUGAUGAAGUUCCAGGGGACUCAUUUCAAAAGAUGUCGUCCUUGCUUAACAAGUUAAUGGAGUAUGUACUACUAGAGAACCCAACAAAUGAUGCCCCUGAAAGUGAUAAGGAUUUGGUUAAGCACAGAUCUCCUGUUAUUCCAGAUGAUUUUAGGUGCCCAAUAUCACUUGAGUUGAUGAAAGAUCCUGUGAUUGUCUCCACUGGAUAG